AUGUCUGUUUCAAUAACAGGUGGGAACUUUUUGACUCGACGGCAUUCGGCUGGUGAUGCGCUUCGAUCGUCGUCCGCUCCAGCAUUGACUUCUUAUUGUCCACCUUCUAUACCCAAUCAUGACUGCCGAGAAUUCCAAGCACCUGAAGGAACCUAUCAGCUUGCUCACCAUAUCGCCUUUCGUUCGUUGCAGCCUACGUUUUCUACUGGGACCACGGCCAGCCUUAUCUCGAUCAAAUACAAGGAGUCAGUGCCCAACCAAAUGCAGCGAUAUGAACCUCUUCCUGGUGCUCGUUCACUGAUACGACGUGGUUCUGAGGACGAGGAUCUGUCGUCUAUUUCCAGCAGCAACAGCUCACAUCAUACCAAUCCUGCAAUCGAUCAUGCAAAUCCAAGACUUGGUUCUUCAUUGGAAGGGCCUUCUUUUCUAUCAUCGGCUUCACCUUCAAUUAUCCCACCUUCUCCUCCACCAUCCACUGCAUUUUCAUUUCUUUCAAGAACCAAUACGGUGGGUCGACGAAUACCCAUGACAGACAUCACAAGAACAACAUCAAGCUUCGUAUCCAGAAUUGUCACCAAUAAUCAACUCGCCAAAAUACUGGUAGCAAGAACCAGCGAUGAUACCAACUUAUUUUACAAUUGUGGAAGCAACUUUGUUUGGGUCGAUGCAUUUGGUAGGCCAAAGGAACCAUUAUCGAGAGUCGUAUUUGCCAAAGCGUGUCCAACGUCGCAUGAUGUCAACCUUUUAACGAGAGGAUCGGAUCAUUUGGAUGUUAUUAUUGGAUUCACUUCUGGAGACGUUGUUUGGUUCGAUCCAUUGUGCAACAAAUAUGGAAGGAUCAACAAAGGGGGAAUAAUGAGCUCUUCUUCUGUGACCAUGAUACGAUGGCUUCCAGGAUCCGAGAAUAUGUUCAUGGCUUCCUUCUCUGAUGGCGUGAUUAUCAUGUUCGAUAAGGAUCGUGAAGAUGAGCCAUUUCAUCCUGGUGAUGGAAUGAUGACUGGAUUCUCAAGCAAUACUCCACCCGGCAUGUCUGGUCACCAUCGACGCAAACACUUUAGCACGGGGAAUCUCAAUGCUCAGCAACCACAAUCACACUAUAUCCACAAGAAUACAUCCAAUGUCACCAUCGAAGAACAAAAAUACAUGUUUCGAAUUUCCAAACCAUCACCAAAAGCCUCGGGCCGUAAAUCGAAUCCAGUUUCGCAUUGGAAAUUAUCGAGCAAGUCAAUAACGGCUUUUGCCUUUUCGCCGGAUUGUCAGCAUGUGGCAGUGGUAGGCUUGGAUGGCUUGUUACGAGUAAUCAACUUUGUUCGGGAAACGCUUGACGACAUUUAUCAAUCAUACUAUGGAGGUUUGACGAGUGUAGCUUGGAGCCCUGAUGGACGAUACAUCUUGACUGGAGGAGAAGAUGACUUGGUGACUAUUUGGGCGUUCCAUGAACAACGUAUUAUUGCUCGAUGUCAGGGCCACACCUCCUGGGUGACGGGUGUUGCUUUUGAUCCAUGGCGAUGUGACGAGAAUGUUUACCGGUUUGCAAGUGUUGGAGAGGAUGCCAAGUUGAUCUUGUGGGAUUUUUCAGUGAAUGCAUUACAUCGACCAAAAGCGAGGACGACUACUGGAAGGUAUCGAGGAAGCUCUGUUUCAUCACAACAUCAUCCUGCGCCAAACAUAUUGAAAGCAUUAGAAGAUCGCACACCAAUCUUGCACCCAGUCCAAUCAAAAGAUCACGUUGCAUUCCUUCAACCUACAAUGGUCAAGACUGUGCAUGCCGAUCCAUGCGUUGGUGUGUAUUUUCGUGAAGAUGUAAUUGUCACAACAGAUCGACGUGGCCGCGUGAGCAUUUGGCAGCGACCCAAUAUUCGAACUAGCAAUUCAAUGUCUAAUAAUAUGUAA